AUGAUUUCUAAUCCGUUGUCAACAAAUUAUGACUUGGUGAACACAGUAAAUGAUGAAAAAUUCACACAAAUAUAUACACCUGAUCAGGGGGCAGUGCAUUUAUUGAACAAUGAACGAACAUUCAAGAAUAUCAAACCUAUGUUAUGUGCAUGUGCAGUUGGAGUUCAUUCGUAUUCAACAGGCAUUCAUCGCAUUCGAGUAAGAAUAGAUAAUGGCAAUGCGUUCUUAGGCAUUCGGUCGCGAAGUAUACCACCUGUACCGGAUGAUUGUGCUGCAGGUCGCUAUGAUAGCAGUCCAGCUACAUAUGGUUGGGGAAACACAUUUUGUAUCUUCAAUGGAACACCUCGCGAAUUUCAACGAAAUCAUAUGUAUCGAUGUGGUGAUGUUUAUGUACUCGAAUUGAAUUGUGAUGAACACCGCUUAACUAUGAUCAAUGAAAAUACUAAAGAGCAAGAUGAUAUGGAGGUCGAUGUUUCCAGUGCUCCUUUUCCAUGGUGUCUUUUUAUUCAUCUUCCUCGAACAACAGCUCAAGUGUCGCUCAUAUAA